AUGCCAUCUCUACCAGUUACCACCUCUGAUGAAAACGUUGGGUUGACUGCACCCCACGUUCCUACUUCCACCUCUCCUGAAGACUCAGAAUCCGGUCCCUCCCCGAUGGUGACAAGCCGCUGUGUGGCAUUUGUGAUGCCAGAAGAUGUGUCCAACUCUUCAGCUUCGGCUGGAUCAGCUGCCUCUUCAGGCACAAUGCCGAAAAGCCGACACAUGACCAUUGUAUGCAUCAUUAAUUUGGACUCGGCAACACCUGAAUCUGCCCGUCGUAAAGCUUAUGCUGAUAUACAGAAAGCCUGUCAACGGUUGAAGGCAACCCUUACAGCUGUGCCAUUCAAAAAACUUGAUUUUGGUGAAACGUCAGCUCUCGAAACAUUUUACAAUGCUGAUGUUGUAAUUGUUGACAUUUCCACUCGGAUAAUCCAAGCCUUGGCUUACCAUGUUGGUGUUCGUCACAGUAUGGGUAUGAAGCAUAAUAUUAUCAUCUCUUGUGAAACUGAUCCAGAAAUCACAAGUCCUUUCAAGCAAGUAAUUUCACUCGCAGCCUCGCUCUACUGGGGAAAUUCCUACAAAUUUUUGCCCUACCAAGUCGAUUCAAAUGGCACAUGUGUAGUAGUGGACCCGGCUAGAGGACAACAGCUGGACACCCAAGUGGUCAAUAAUGCUGACCCCUUACCAACACUAUGGAGUUCCAUUCAGAACAUUUUACUGGAAAUGGAAAAGGACAACAAAACUCAUUUGAAGGAAAGAUUUUUGAAAGAAUUAAAAAAGAUACGAACAAAUAAUGAAGGUGAAAACCUUGCUAAGGCACUGUACAGACUCCAGCUCCGCCUGGAUGAUCCUCAAUUGCUGUCUCCUGAUGUGAUCUGGAACAUGUUGAUAUCCUAUAGAGAUAUACAGGACUAUAAUGCCAUGGUGAAGCUGGUGGAAGGUCUGUCACAAGUGCCAAAUAACCGAAUUACAAAUAUGCCUAAUAUUCAACACUUGUAUGCCUUUGCUUUAAACAGGAGAGAUAACAAAGGGGAUAGUGAUAAAGCAUUGAGUGUUAUAAAAGAGGCCAUUGCCCAGAGUGAAACCCCAGUAUCGGAUAUGUUGUGCUUAUGUGGCAGAAUAUUUAAAGAUAAGUUUGUGCAAUCAGAGUGUACAGACAAAGAAUCUUUGGCUCAAGCUAUUGAGUGGUACAGAAAAGGUUUUGAUACACAACCAAAUGAAUAUGCAGGGAUUAACCUUGCAACAUUGUUGGUUAUAUCUGGAGAAACAAUGGAAUCUUGUCAAGAGUUAAAGAAAAUAGGUUUUACACUUAAUCAUCUAAUAGGCAGAAAAGGUUGCCUUGACGCAUUAACAGACUAUUGGGAUGUAGCAACCUUAUUUGAAAUGAGUGUCCUUGUAGGAAAUUAUCCAAAAGCUUUACAGGCAGCUAAAUGUAUGUUCACAUUAAAUCCACCAAACUGGUAUCUCAAGUCAACAAUUGGCAACAUAAAACUGAUUAGUAAGUUCCGGAAAUCAGAUGCUGAAGAAUCUCACUACUCAAAAUCAGAUAUACUUUUAUUUAAUUUCUGGACAGACUUUUUUGUAGAAGCCAUUGAAGAAGAAGUCACUGUUAUACGAUUCCCAUGCUUAGUUUUGGAGCCAACCCGUGUCCAUAUGCCCAGUUAUAUACAAGUCAAUACAAAUGAUGAACAAAAGAAUAUUCAUUUAUGGAAUGUUACUGACCAGGAUGAUCAAAAAGCCAAUGAUUGGACAUUUCCUGUAGAUACAAUUAAAAAAGUUAGUUUGUAUAAAAGAGAUUCCCGUGCAAUAUUUCUGUAUGUGGAAGAAAAUUCUGAUGACUUUCACAUUUAUUUUUCUUCAACUGUGCAAGCAAAUGGGUUUUAUAAACUUGUUAGUGAAAUGAUUGCUGAUGACUGUAAUCCGUCCGAGGCUGAAGAAAGUGAUGGCUCCCUAGAAUAUGAAUAUGAUUAUGAUGAUAAAAACAGAAAAAUAGUUCUUGGUCGUGGUUCAUAUGGUGUCGUCUAUGCUGCCCGUAACAAGAAGACACAAGUUCGGAUUGCCAUUAAGGAAGUUCCAGAAAAAAACUUAGAAGAAGUACAACCGCUUCAUGAAGAAAUCAAACUCCAUUCCCAUUUUUCCUUUAGUGUACCUGAAUUGACUUUUUUAUUUAUUUAUUUUUUAAUUUUUCUCUUUUUUCUCUUUUUUCUCUUUUUUCUUUUUUCUUGUGUUUUUUCUGUUUUCUUGUGUUUUUUCUGUUUUCUUUUGUUUUUUCUGUUUUCUUUUGUUUUUUCUGUUUUCUUUUGUUUUUUCUCUUUUCUUUUGUUUUUUUCCUCUUUUCUUGUCUUUUUUCCUCUUUUCUUGUCUUUUUUCCUCUUUUCUUGUCUUUUUUCUCUUUUCUUGUCUUUUUUCCUCUUUUCUUGUCUUUUUUCCUCUUUUCUUGUCUUUUUUCCUCUUUUCUUGUCUUUUUUCCUCUUUUCUUGUCUUUUUUCCUCUUUUCUUGUCUUUUUUCUCUUUUCUUGUCUUUUUUCUCUUUUCUUGUCUUUUUUCCUCUUUUCUUGUUUUUUUGUUUUUUUUUUUUUUUCUUGUCUUUUUUCUCUUUUCUUGUCUUUUUUCUCUUUUUUGUCUUUUUCCUUUUUUGUCUUUUUUCUCUUUCUGUCUUUUUCUUUUUCUUGUCUUUUUUCUCUUUUCUUGUCUUUUUUUCUUUUUCUUGUCUUUUUUUCUCUUUUCUUGUCUUUUUUCUCUUUUCUUGUCUUUUUUUUUUUUUUCUUUUUUUUUUUCUUUUCUUGUCUUUUUUUCUCUUUUCUUGUCUUUUUUCCUCUUUUCUUGUCUUUUUUCCUCUUUUCUUGUCUUUUUUCUCUUUUCUUGUCUUUUUUCUCUUUUCUUGUCUUUUUUUCUCUUUCUUUCUUGUCUUUUUUUCUCUUUUCUUGUCUUUUUUUCUCUUUUCUUGUCUUUUUUUCUCUUUCUUUUCUUGUCUUUUUUCUCUUUUCUUGUCUUUUUUUGUCUUUUCUUUUUUUUUCCUUUUCUUGUCUUUUUCUCUUUUCUUGUCUUUUUUUCUUUUUUUUCUUUGUCUUUUUUUCUUUCUUUCUUUGUCUUUUUUUUCUUUUCUUUCUUGUCUUUUUUUCUCUUUCUUUUCUUGUCUUUUUUUCUCUUUCUUUUCUUGUCUUUUUUUCUCUCUCUUUUCUUGUCUUUGUUCUUUUCUUGUCUUUGUUCUUUUCUUGUCUUUGUUCUUUUCUUGUCUUUGUUCUUUUCUUGUCUUUGUUCUUUUCUUGUCUUUGUUCUUUUCUUGUCUUUGUUCUUUUCUUGUCUUUGUUCUUUUCUUUUCUUUGUUCUUUUCUUUUCUUUGUUCUUUUUCUUUUUUCUUGUCUUUUUUCUUUUUCUUUUUUAUAA